GCGCGUAAAAGUUGUGUUGACAGAGGCGAGCAGCAUUUGUCGCGGAACAGCCGCAGUCGGUGCCGAAUGGAGUAAAACCCCCAGCGCGAUAAUUCAGCCAACACCUUGGGGAAAGAAAAAAACAACAAAACUAACCCCUGCUUGAACGUCCCGACGAACGACGUUAUGACCGACGAGCAGUCCUCGCAGUCCUGGACCAUCGACCGGGACGACUACGUUCUCAACGAGGUGAUCGGCAGUGGAGCCACGGCGGUGGUCCAAGCAGCCUACUGCAAGCCCAGGAAGGAGAAGGUGGCCAUAAAACGCAUCAACCUUGAAAAAUGUCAGACUAGCAUGGAUGAGCUGCUGAAGGAGAUUCAAGCGAUGAGCCAGUGCCACCACCCUAACAUCGUCUCCUACUACACCUCCUUUGUGGUAAAGGAUGAACUGUGGCUGGUCAUGAAGCUGCUCAGCGGUGGCUCAGUCUUAGACAUCAUCAAACACAUCAUCUCACGUGGCGAGCACAAGUCCGGCGUUUUGGACGAGGCCUGCAUUGCCACCAUAUUGAAGGAAGUGUUGGAAGGGCUGGAGUACCUUCACAAAAAUGGACAAAUUCACCGUGAUCUAAAGGCUGGAAAUAUCCUUCUGGGGAAUGAUGGCUCAGUUCAAAUUGCUGAUUUUGGUGUGAGUGCCUUUCUAGCGGCCGGUGGAGAUAUGACCAGGAACAAAGUCCGGAAGACGUUUGUGGGGACGCCGUGCUGGAUGGCUCCUGAGGUCAUGGAACAGGUCCGUGGCUACGACUUUAAAGCUGACAUCUGGAGUUUUGGGAUCACUGCAAUUGAGCUGGCCACCGGAGCGGCACCCUAUCACAAGUACCCACCAAUGAAGGUGCUGAUGCUGACUCUGCAGAACGACCCUCCCUGUCUGGAGACGGGCAUCACAGAUAAGGAGAUGGUGAAGAAGUAUGGCAAAUCCUUCAGGAAGAUGAUUACUCAGUGUUUACAAAAGGACCCUGAAAAAAGGCCAACAGCAGCUGAGUUACUGAAGCACAAAUUCUUCACAAAAGCUAAGAACAAUGAGCACCUGCAGGAGAGGCUUUUACAUAAAGGUCCAUCAAUAUCAGAUCGAUCAAAGAAGGUGAGACGGGUGCCAGGGUCCAGCGGCCGACUCCACAAGACGGAGGAUGGCGGCUGGGAGUGGAGUGAUGACGAGCUGGAUGAGGAGAGCGAAGAAGGCAAAGCUGCUGUGGCGGCCCUGCGGUCGCCCAGAGUGAGGGACGGAUCCCAGACUAUGGAGAUUUUUCAGCCACCAGAUGGCUCCACAGGACACCUUCAGCCGCCCGCUGCAGUCAAUGAGAACUUUGCUCCAGUGGGACAAAGUGGUGAAGGCGUUCAAACUCAAGUCCCUGCUCCAGCACAGACAGUGAGCCCCUCACAUGUAACCGCAACUCAGGAGCCCAAUAUACCUGACGCCAGCGUUCCCAUCAGUCUGGUCCUCAGGUUGAGGAAUCUCAAGAAGGAACUUAAUGACAUUAGGUUUGAGUUCAUGUCCGGCAGAGAUUCUGCCGACGGAGUGUCUCAGGAGUUAGUUUCAGCUGGCUUGGUUGAUGGGAGGGAUUUAGUUAUUGUUGCUGCCAAUCUGCAAAAGAUUGUGGACGAUCCUCUCAAUAACAGAAAUGUCACUUUUAAGCUGGCAUCUGGUGUGGAGGAGUCCGAAAUUCCCGACGACAUUAAACUCAUCGGAUUUGCACAGCUCAGCAUCAGCUAAGUGAAAGGGGGAGCGCGGCAAAAAGACAGCAUCUACUGGCAAUGCGCAGCCGCAUUCUAGUAAAUUUCUAUGACGCCACUGCUGCCAAAGAGGACGACGACGAGACGUGAAGCUGGCAAGGAACGUGACACUUCAGCAAAGAUGCGCGAGGACCACACGGAGAGGAGGCUCAGUACAUCACAGGAACACACUUGAAACGUUUACAGUGCGCUUAUUCAUGGGAGAGGACAUGCGAUCAAUUAUAUCAAGUCAUAUUCCCCAAUGUUAUGUCUUCAUUCAUAAGCACAACCCAAAAAUGUCUCCUGCCAGUACUGGAAAUGAUGCCUUCCCAACGGCCGCCUCCUCGUGUUUGGUUUUUUUUUAAUUUCGUACUCAAACUGUGCCACAACAGUCGAGACAAAGUCGUGCCACCUUAAAAAAAAUGACACUUUAUGCUACACUGAAUUUGACCAGUGAAAAUGAAGCCUUAGUUAAUACAAUUGCCUCUUAUUUAAAAAAACAAACAACCAGAAUACUUAUUAUUGGCGGAAAUAUUUGCAUGCAUUGCUCACAUCAAAUCAAAUCAAAUCAACUUUAUUUAUAAAGCACAUUUAAAAUUUACCACAGGGAUAGCCAAUGUCCGAAAAAACAUUAUAAAGAGAAAAUGGCAAAUGUAAUCCACCCCAUUUUUGAAGCGGAAUAUCGUCCCUUACAGUCCAAACACAACCAAAGAGAUCAGGCUAUGACUAAACCGUUUCAAACACACAAACCCUCUGCAGCUGCUCUGGCUUACAUUAGUCCAUCUGAAGUAUUCUAGUAGCCUGGCCUGAUAUUUUUAUCCUAUGCAAUAGUUCUCACUCGCUGUUGGCUACGAGCACUUAUUCUUGGCUGAAUUCAAUGUGUCUGUAGCGCAAUAUUUCAAGGAGCAAGGUAGCGCCACAAUUGAAUACUUCGAUAAGCAUCCUGGCAAAACGGAUGAUUGACAGACCUACGUUUGCUUCUGUAGGUUUUUUUUUUUUUUUGUAAAGUAGUAACCUUGCAUGUUUAUUUCAUUGCUCUUAACAGCUUUUUUGGGGGGAAAUCCUGAAUAGAGCUGAGGAGCGUUGAGUCCACGCUGGUUUGGUUUGGAAGGCUGCCGGGGUUUGAACUUCACUGAAGGUGUGUGUAAUCCCACGUUGAAACAUGUUUCACCCAAGUAAACGUUGAUGGAAAAGAGACACUUCACCCAAACAGAAGAGAUUUUCCUCUAAUAACCACAAUUUGAUGGUUAAGUUGUCCUUCACAGAUGAUUUUUAUGGUAGUCCACGAUGCUUUUUCGCUGUUUUGAACUGGAAAAACUCACAAUCUCAUCAAGUGUAUAUUUCUAAUUUCCAGUCAAACUAAACAAACUUAAUACAAGUCACAAACCCCCGAAUAGUGUUUUUUCAGUGAGACAUUUACAGUACAGGCCAAAAGUUUGGACCCUUCUUGUCAUUCAAUGCGUUUUCUUUUUUUUCAUGACUAUUUACGUUGUAGAUUGUCACUGAAGGCAUCAAAACUAUGAAUGAACACAUGUGG